GCUUUGCUUGAUGGUACAAUUGAUAGUGUUGUGUCUGAUCAUUCUCCAUGCACAGCAGAUCUUAAGGGUUUGGAUAAAAAAGAUGAUGAAAGAGAUAUUAUUAAAGCUUGGGGUGGCAUCUCUACUUUGCAACUUGGAUUACCAGUAUUAUGGACUGAAGCGAGAAAACGUAGAUGCAGUUUUCACAAUUUAUAUACAUGGUUAUCAAAAAAUACUGCUAAACAAGUUGGCUUACAAGGAAAAAAAGGUGACAUUAAAGUAGGAUAUGAUGCUGAUAUUGUAAUUUGGAAUCCUGAGGAAACUUUUGUGGUUACCAAAGAUAUUAUUCAAUUUAAAAAUAAGGUUACACCAUAUAUGGGAAGAACUUUUUAUGGUGUAGUUAAACAAACAAUUGUAAGAGGGAAUAUAGUAUAUAAUGCUGAAAAAGAUGGUGUUAUCAGUAUUCCACAUGGUAGUUUCUUGGUUUAA